CCGCCAUGGCUGAGCCCGCCACCCAGUUCCCGCAUGUUUCUUCCUCCGCCGGAGGUGGCUCCUCGGAGCCGGGAGGACGAGACGCCAAGGGGGCAGGGUCCCCCCAGCCUUGCGCUGAUUCCUUUGUUUCUUCCUCUCAGCCUGUCUCUCUCUUUUCGACCUCGCAAGAAGGGACAGCACCUUUGACCGGAAAAGCACCUUCCAAAGCCGUGGCUCCUCCUUCCCCCGGAUGCUUUUCGUCGGCUGAUGCCCAAGCGUUUCACUUAACACAUUCAGAAAACCAGAGGGAAACGAGUGGUAAACCGACACCCUUCCAUGUAGAAGAAUUCAGCGAUGGCAAGAGAUGGAGCCAUUUUAGUGGGACCAGUGAAGAUUCAGGAAUAGAGGCAGCUUCUGUUGGAUCCCCUGGCCCAGAGGAACCCUCAUUCUCGGUUGGAUCCAAAGCUCAUAAUUAUGAGCCAGGGAGUCAGGCUGGCUCCCUUGGGCAUGAUUACUCUAUGGGGGAAGUCAACAUAGGCAGCACAGGUGAUCUAAAAAGCCAAUGCCAACCCAAACAACAACCUGUGGGUGGAGAGUCCAAAUUUCCUCUACCAACCAACCCUCAAGAAGGGCCUGAGCAAUUGCCGGCAAGAGUCCCGUGUUCUUCCUCCUCCUCCUGCCCUGCAGUCCCCGGUGAUGCUGUUGCGGACAAAGAUUCCCCUGAAUCGCCUUUUGAAGUCAUUGCCGACAAAUUGGAGUUUGAUAAAGAAUUCAAAGAUGCCGUUUCAAACAACUCCAAUGACAUCAGUAGCAACUGGGUCAUGCACAGUGAACGGGAGCUGCUUACGGACAUCCCAGAAGACAGCGUCUGUGAGUUUCGAGCCAAACCUCGUGGGGGGGGCAGAAUUCCAUCAGGACCCGGGCUCUCUCGCCAGUCUUCGGGCACGACGGCAGCCCUGGAGGAAGUGUCCAAAUGUGUCCGCGAGAUGCACAACUUCACGAGCGAGAUGAUGAACUGGGACUUGAUUCCCACAGAUCUCGGGGAGAACACCGCCGAUUCCGUGAGUUCAGGCCACCCCACGUCGCCUACCAACGAGGCAGGCGGUGUCGUCGCAGGUUCGGCAGGCAGCAAGGCGGAAGCGGGUAGAACUUCCGCCCCUUAUCAGCCUCUCAAGAUCAAUGCCCACCAAAAAGAAAGGACACUUCCAGACGCAGCAAAGCAGCCAUCUCAGAAACAAGUGAACAGAGGGGCAGCUGCUGCAAAAACAGCCCCUGCAGCGGAACCGAAGGCUGAUGUCUGUUGGCCAAAUCCAGGCUUGCCCGAAACUAUCGACGGCGACAGCUCCGGUGAGUCAGAUGACACUGUCAUUGAGGACACCGGGGCAGAUCCAACCUUCCGAGGUGAGAAAGGCACAGAGAGCGGCACAUUCAGAAGCCAACCUCAGAAGCCAACCUCUGCGCUGACGGCGUCUGUCAACAAGGAGAACAUGACCAUAGGUAGCAAAGACAGAUCAGGCGAGCUGCGUAAACCUGCCCAAGAAGCCCGAGUCCCUUGUAAGACUCCGGAGGGCAAUUGGGGAUUCAUUGAUGACUUUGAGACCAUCCAGACCAAGGCCGACGUUCUUGGAGGAAGCCCUGUUGGUGCACCACAGUUCCCUAAACGGUCCAAUCCCAGCUUACCUGGCAAUGAGGGACAGGAUGCGAGUGGAUGUGAGCAGGGCUUUUUUGGGAAACAGCCCAGGAUCGAAAAUGCUUCCCCCAGAGGGACCCCUGCUUCAGACAGAGUCAGAGAGGCUGCCCAUCCAAAUGCUCCAAAUGGCGAGAGUUUUAUGGACUUCAUGAAGGAAUGCUUGAAAUCCAAGGGGAGCGAAUCCCCCGAAGACCCCGUGGAAACGUUCUCUGAAGCGGAGCUAAAAGCAGCAAGGUCCGAAGUGUUUGUUCCGCCCUUUCAACAGCCGCUCAAGGCGACUCAAGAUUUUGAGCAGGAGCACCUCACCAUCAAGGCCCUCAAAGAAGCAGGGAGAAAGGCAGAGGCAGAAAAGCCGAGCAGGUUCUCCCCGCCUGGGGGAAGGCAGCUGGGGCAGUACGGGGAGAAAUUGCACGAGCCCUCCGCGCCUGCUCAGAAGUCCGCCUUGGAGAAGAGACCCCUCUGCCUCGAGCAGGCCGUAGAUGUGAAAUUGUCUUCUGCCUCUGCUAGCUUUGGCAUGCAUGAUGUUCCCCGGGCGUCAUCUCAGGCCCCUCCUCCUGAGCUUCCCAUACCUCAUGCUAUAGCGAAAUUGCUGGCUGGAGUUUCAGUGCGCGAUCUGGUCUUCUGGCGGGACGUGAAGAAGACGGGCCUGGUCUUCAGCACCACCCUGAUCCUGCUGCUCUCCUUGGCCGCCUUCAGCGUCAUCAGCGUCGUCUCGUACCUCAUCCUGGCGCUCCUCUCCGUCACCAUCAGCUUCCGGGUCUACAAGUCCGUCAUCCAGGCCGUACAGAAGUCCGAAGAGGGGCAUCCAUUCAAAACCUACCUAGAUGUGGACGUCGCACUCUCCUCAGAGACUUUCCACAACUACAUGAGCGCCGCCAUGGUGCACAUCAACCAUGCCCUGAAACUCGUCAUGCGCCUCUUCCUGGUGGAGGACUUGGUGGAUUCGCUGAAGCUGGCGGUCGUCAUGUGGCUGAUGACGUAUGUCGGGGCCCUUUUUAACGGGAUCACCCUCCUCAUCCUCGCGGAGUUGCUGGUUUUCAGCCUACCGGUUGUUUACGAGAAAUACAAGACCCAGAUCGACCACUACGUCGGAAUCGGCCGGGACCACAUCAAGUCGGUGGUUACAAAGAUCCAAGAGAAGGUUCCCGGAGUGGUGAAGAAAAAAUCUGAAUAGCCUCGC